AGGCCCGAGCCCGGACCAAGCCCGAUCUGACCAACUCUUUUCCAUUCUCUGGUCAGAGAGCUCCGUUGCACCCUCCCGUUGCGAACUUGCGAGGAUAAUAGACGGUGAACCGAGAGAAGGAAACCCUCUUUCCAUUCUCAGAGCUCUGAACAAUUAUACUCACUGGUUAUCCUGACUCUCUCUUGCAUUGUAGCAGGGGAAGUGGUUAGCUCUCAAGAAACAAUCAAUGGUUCAGUUGUUCCUAACCGAACCCUUCGAGACUGAAAAUGGAGACGCUGAUGCCUUCAGAGACAAAUUAGAUCUUCUGAAGAAGUUGGAAUCCGCUCUAUGGUCACUUAUCACGUCUGGAAGUCGAUCCGAGGCUCGCAUGUGGCUCUGCAACACCAUAUCGUGCAUUAAUCCCAUCUCUCCCCGUCAUCAGCGCCAACUAUUUAUGAAACUGUUGAGCUCUAGGCCUCCAAAACGAGCCCUAGCUUCUCAACUCAUCCAGGUGAUCUUCGAGAAGAGGCCUCAUAAAGCUGCGGACAUCAUAGCCAAGAAAAGCUACAUCCUUGAGAAGUUCUUCCAAGGAAAUUCAAAGCGUAUAUUGCAGUUUUUUGAUGUUUUUUCCACUGGUGGUGAAUUUGAGCACGGAAAAGGUUCCAGGGCAUUGUCCCAGUUUGCUUUUGUGAAUCGGGAUAUUUGCUGGGAGGAGCUUGAGUGGAAAGGAAAACAUGGACAAUCACCUGCAAUGGUUGCUACAAAGCCUCAUUAUUUUCUUGAUUUGGAUGUCCAACGAACAGUUGAAAAUUUCCUGGAAAAUGUGCCUGAAUUUUGGUCAUCUAAUGAGCUUGCUGAAUCAUUGAAAGGGGGUGAAAUUUUUCUCAUAGAUACCAAGUUCUUUGUGGAUCAUUUUGUCAGUUUAAUGUAUGAAGAGGAUUCCAAGGAAGUAUGGGAAGUCAUAAAUGUGUUCUUGGAAGAAGAGACAUUUUCUGAUCUCUGUCACCACUUUCUCAUUAUCCUUGACGAGCAAGACCUCUUUGCUUUCUUGAACAUGAUUUGUGGGUUGCUUCCUUCAAGAAUGGACCCCAAGGAUCUUGUUCACCCUUCUUGUUGGCUUGAGAUUAUAUUGUCUUCGUGUAAUGGUCGUGCAUCUAUUGAUGAGUUACUCCUACUAAAUGCAAUUAUUAGUCAAGGCCGACAACUUCUAAGACUCAUACGUGAUGAGGAUGAUGAAGAGCAAAAAGGAAAAAUCAAGGAUCUUGUUUUUGAGAUAAGUACAAGUUUGGGCAUGACCAAUUUUUGGGCCCCACUCAUGGAAGAACAAUUGAGCAUGAAGACAAAAGAAAUGAUAAAAUGGCUUGGGCUUAUAUCUUGGGUUCUUCACUACAGAUUAUCAGAAGAAUGUGAGACUACUAAAUCAUGGGAAACACUAUUCAUUCAGAAUGGAAUCAGCUUUCGUAAGUCUGAGAAGUAUGCCUUGCUACAUCCUGAGGGUUUUUCAGAUGAAAGUGGGUCUGAAUUGGGUGAAAGAGGUUCUGUUAGAUCCAGGCGGAAGAAAAAAGCAAAAUCUAGAAAGAAAAAGAGGAGAAGGAGCUAUGAUCAUGUUGGCAGCAGUGAUAGUGAGCUGGUGGAUUUAGAUUCUUCACUUGGAUGGAGGAGUUUGCAAUCUGGGGCUGGAAGUUGGUUUCUUUCUACUGAUGAUUAUUCUUCUGCAUGGAGCAGUGUGGAUUUACCUGAACAUUUGGCUAAGCACUGCUUUUCUACAUGGAUGAAACGUACUUUUUGCAAAUUGAAUUUGCCAGCUUGAACUUCUAAAUGAAUUUUAGAUUCCGGAUAUUCCCAUGGUGAUGGUAGGAGAGCAUAUGUACAUCUUUGAGUUUGUGAUGCGUGCAAGGGAAGAUCCAGAUUCCAACAUGGCUGCAGCAUACAAAUGCCUUUGGGUGUUAACAAAUUUGCAUGCUGAGAGGGACAGUUCAAGGGCAGGAUAAAGUGUGAUAAACCAUCAUUUGGCCAGGAUACCGUACGACCCAGAUAUGGAUAUAUUAUCUCCAAUCAAACUCAUUGCACAAAGUGGGUGUCGAGUGGUUCCUCGACCGUCCAGCAAAUGCUGAUACAUAGAUUUAAGGCCGUGUUUGGUUUUAAGGGAAAGAAGGGAAGGAAAAAAUAUAGAAAGGAGGGAAAAAGAGAGAAGGGAAAGGAAGAAGAAUAGAAAAGUUUUCCGGUUUCCCUAUCCAUUGAUUGGUUAAUCAAUGAAAAAGUAGGUAAAACUAAUUUUCCUUUGUUUGAUUAGGCAAUGAAAGCAUAUGGGAAAUUUUCCUUAUUUUUGUUUUUAAAAUAUUUUUAAAUAUUUAGAUUUAGAUGAUUGUGUUGUUAGCAACUUGUCACAUGGAACCUACAAGGAAAGGCAUCUAUGGCAUAAUUCCAAUUCUUGUUCAUGUCACAUUCAAAAUAUCAAUGUAUGACCCAUUAUUUAUUAAUCAAAUUUUGAUGAUGAAUAAUA